AUGCGGUGCGGCGUCCCCUUCGUCUGGAUGGGCGCGGGGGAGCUCCCCGCCCGGAGCCGCCGCGUGGAGGCUGCGCGGAACCAGGACAUCUUGGCCCGCCUCAGCCCCGUCGCCGUCCUGCUGGACGACGCCGGCGUGCCCGAGGAGGUCGUGCCCGAGUGGACGGCGGCGGCGUCGCCGCCCCGGCUGCUGCGGCUGCCAGCGGGUCUGUCGCCAACGCUGGUGGGCGUCGUGCCGAGUGCCAGUCUUUGCUACAUGCUCACGGGCGGCACGACAGGUGGGUCAAAGUGCGUGGAGGUCUCCCACACGAUGGCCCUCCACGAAGUUCGAGCGUAUCCCAGAGUAGCCAAAGCUUUGACCUCAGAUGAUCGCGUGCUGCAGCACACGCCAGUGCUAUGGGCGGCGAGUGCCAUGGGGCAGAUUGACAUCGCACUCGCUUUCGGCGCCGCCACGUGCAUCUCGAGCAGCGCAGAUGCGGACGCCAUCACCAGUUGCAGCGCCACUGUCCUUGGAAUAGUUCCGUCCGCUCUUGAGGCGAUAGAGCCCACGGCAGUCCCGAGCGUCAAGCACAUCUUCACUUGGGGGGAGCCGCUGUCUCGCGUGCUGGCGAUGCGCUGGAGAAGCAGCCACACAAAGGUGUUUGAGCUGCUCAUCAGCACCGAAUAUUGGUUGAGCUUCGUGAGCGAAGGGCAGGAGUCCCCGACCGGCCGCACCCUGUACCACGUCGUGCCUGGCGUGGACGUGGCCGUCCUGCCACCUGGCGGCGACGGCCAAGGCUCAAGUGUUCCGGACGGAGAGCAAAGAGAGGCUGCAUCGGCAGAGGCAUGCAUGGUGUUUGCUCAGGACGCCGGUGGGCCUUUCUUCCGCACCCGCGAUCUGGUCCAUGUCCUGGACGACGGUUUUGGAGCGCUCCUGCUCGAGUUCUGCGGGCGCACGGACUCGCUGGUGAAGGUUGCCGGGCAGUUCGUGGACCUCGCUGCCGCGGAGGGGCGCCUCACCGCGGCCCUCAACGCCGAGCCGGCAGGCCUGGCAGUGGAGGCAUCCAUCGUCCCAGCCACAGCUGGCACCGAGCUGGCCGCCGGGCCGGCAGGCGUGGUGGCUGCACUGGGGCGAGCGCGGGCAGAGCUGCCGCGCGGGGCCGCGCUGCACCUGGUGCGGGACCCGUUGCCGCGCGACCCGGUGACGGGCAAGAUCGACAGGAAGGCGCUGCUCAAGGACCUGAUGCCGGCCCGCCCGUCCAACCCCGCCUGGCCUGCCUUGAGUGCCCGGCUGUGCUACUUUCCGCGCUGGUGGCUCGCGCUGGCUGCGGCCGGAUGUCUGGACAUUCCAUCACUCUUGAGGCUUGCCUUCGGCACUGGAGGGCGCGGGAGCAGAUCGCCCCUUCGCAAGGGUUCCCUGCUCUUCCACAUCGCCAGCGUGCCUUACCUGUGGCUCUUGUCGCAGCACCUGCCAAAGACGGUAGUACGACGAAUUACCUAUUACAUCCCGUUCGGACGAGUCGGAUUCCUAUGCUUGGUUUAUCACGUGACGCGGAUAUCACGUGGCGCACGCCGCCAAUUCAACUUCCAGGCGGUGGCGAAGUCGGUCCUGCUCGUGGGCUCGGUCGCGGGGAUGGCGCUCGCCAGGGCCCGCGGGAGGCUGCUGCCUUGGUGGACCGUCUUCUGGGCUGCGAUCCCAGACCACUUGGAGGCGGAGUGCGGGUGGUGGCUGCAGGCUAAAAGUUGGGCUUGGUACGUGAAAGCGCUCCUGGCCGGCGCGCUCGAUGCGCCCGGACUGUGCCUGCGCCUGAGCGACUGGUUUCUUGAGCUCCUCAUCGCCGCCCCCCCACAGUGCAGGAGGCUCUGCCUGGCGUGCCUGUCCCCAGGCUCGCCGCCAGAAGUUCCGGCUGCACUUCGGGGCGAGUGGGCCCAGCAGGGCGCCGCGGGGGCAUGCGCUGCCCAGCCCAGUGGCGCUGGUGCGGCCGCCGAUGCCAGGCAGGCAUCGCAGAGGGUCCAGGUCGUUCAGGCAGAGCCCGAGGCCCAGAGCAGCAACAGCGCCGACGCAGCUGGUGGCCCAGUGGCUUUGGACGGCCUUGGCCAGGAGGCGCAGCGCGAAGCGGGCCUCGGAGCGGGUGCCCACGGUCCAGCUGGCGGCGUCGCUGCGGAGGGCCGCACGGGCGGGGCCGUCGUUGGCGCCUCUGCUGGCCUCGCCUGGGCCUGCCGCGAGUGCGGGGCGUCUUUGGCAGGCGAGCGCCAGGACUGGAGGAGCGAGGAUGGCGAGAGCUUCUGCAGGCAGUGCUGGAAGGCGUACGACAACCGCUGGUGGGACGAGCACACGAGGGACGUUGUCGACGUGUGGCCCCCCCUGGGCACAGAGGGAGGCCGCCCGGCCCGCUCCAUGGCCGAGGCUGGUGACACAGCAUCUGCGGCCUUGCAGCCAGGCACGGCCGCGGGUGCCAGGCUGUUGCAGCUGCUCGGGCCACUGCUUCGCUGCUCCGACCGCGGCGUGCGCGGCGACAGCACCCUGGCAGGCGUAGACUCGCUGGCCGUGCUCACGCUGUGCCGCGACCUCCGCCUCGCAGCUCCAGGCCUGGUCUUGCGGCCGCAGGACGUCCUCCAGUGUUCGAGCGCCACGGAGCUGCUCGCCCUGGUCGACGCCAGGGCGCUCGAGGUUUGGUUCGCCCCUGGGCAGUACACAAGCACGUGCAAGUGGCUCUACGGCUGCAAGGGACUCCUAGACGAGAGGAUCUUCCGCGUCGCGGCGGCACGCCUCAUCGCUCGCCACGAGGUGCUGCACUCGAAGGCGAAGGACGGCCAGGAGCUCUGCAUGGAGCUCGUGAGGUUCUUGAAGGAGAGUGCGACCCUGCGCCUGGCCUUAUGGCCGGAGGUGGAGGCGGCCGUCGCCCGCUGCCCCGCGUGGGCGCGGAGGCCCGCGGCGGCAUUGGCUCGGACGGUGGAGGGCGCAUGGAGCUGGGCGCUGAAGGAGACGUGGCCACGGAGCGUCCAGGUCCCCAUCACCCAGGAGUUCUUGGACGAGCGCGUGGUCGUUGUGCGCUGCAGCUCGUUCCGCGACGUCGAGGAGCAGGCUUCGCGUCUGCGGGACGAGUUCCGGCCGCCCUUCGUCAUGGCGCUCUUCCUCUUGCCGCCUGGACUCGGUGCGGCUGGCCCCCGAACUGGUGCCGCUUGCAGGGCAGAGGAGUCGCACACCUGGGGCGCUCCCAGCAGUUUCGUGUACUUCGUGGUCUCCCACGCCUACUCCGAUGGAUUUUGCAGCCUGCCCCUCAUCAACGACUUCAGCUGCCUGUACGCUGGCGCAGAGCAAGCCGCCCGGCCGCGGGGCGGGCGGCGGGGGACCGGCCAGGCCGCCGCCACCGCGGCCCUGGUCCCGUUGCCGCCCGUGGCCAGGUUCGCCGCGGCCCUCGACGGGCGCCCGCAGUGGAGCCACCCCGAGCAGCUGUCGCUGCGGGCGACCUGCUUUGACGGGCCGUGGGAGCCGGCCAAGCCCCCGUGGGUGUACGUGCACGAGGUGCUGCUGGAGGCGGGGGCCGUGGAGACCCUGAGGCAUUGCGCGAGAAGCUACAGCAUCCCCUUCGACGUGAUCCUCUUCUCGGCCCUGCUGGCCUCGAUGUUCCGCGCCGACGAGGUCUGGGAGAGGUCGUGGUCGCAGCAGGCGCGGGGGGGCGCCGGCUCUGCGCCGCUCGAGGCGUCCCUGGUCAGGAGUGUGGCGUUGACUCUGUACGCGCCGAUGCGCGACGGAGAUCUCAGCGAUGCCAUGGUCGGCCUGUUCAGCGACUGGCGAGACUGCGAAGUGCCCUGCGGACCGAGCGCAACCCUGCUUGGGUUCUGCAUGCAGGUCGCGGACAUGAUUCGGAACCGCAGGUGGACCGUCUUCGACCCGAUCCAGAACUCCCAGCGCAUCCCGUCGGCGCAGAAGAGGGCGCGCGGCGAGGGGGGGCACCCUUCGGCCUGGCCUGAGGAGUCGGCGGACGCGUGGUGGCUCGUCAUGGACAUCAACGGGGACAGCUACCCCCCAGGCUGGUGCCGCGGCCUCGUGGGCCAGCUGCCCAGGGCGAUCGAGGAGCUGGCGCAGCGGCCGCUGCUGCCCGUGCUCGGCGACGGCGCGCGGCCAACGGGGGGCGCAGGCGGCACCCUACCGGCGAUGCCCGCCGCCUGGCCCGCGAGCGGCCUGGCUGGCUCCGGAGCGCCCGCCGCAGACCUCGCGGCAGUGCUGCCCGCGCCGAGCCGCCCGCCUCCUGGCGCGCUGGACGCGCAGUGA